AUUUAGGGUCCUAUUUCCUUCACGUGUGCGCCUGCUGCUAGCAACCAUGCCGAAGUCAAAGAGAGACAAGAAAAUUUCCUUAACUAAAACUGCCAAGAAAGGACUGGAAUCAAAACAGAAGUUAAUCGAAGAGUUACGGAAAUGUGUGGACACCUACAGAAACUUGUUUAUAUUUUCUGUGGAAAAUAUGAGGAAUAACAAACUUAAGGACAUUAGGACAGCAUGGAAGCACAGCAGGUUCUUCUUUGGCAAAAACAAAGUUAUGAUUCUUGCUUUGGGGAAAGGUCAAACAGAUGAAUACAAAGAUAAUUUGCACAAGGUCAGCAAGUAUCUACAUGGAGAAGUUGGAGUGCUUUUCACUAAUAAAACAAAAGAUGAAGUACAAGAAUUUUUCAACCAUUUCAAAGAGAUGGAUUAUGCUCGUGCAGGCAACAAGGCCCAGAUGAACAUAACGCUGGAUGAGGGUCCUCUUGAACAGUUUCCUCACUCAAUGGAACCUCAGUUGAGGCAGCUGGGACUUCCUACCGCUCUAAAGAAAGGAGUGAUAACGCUGCUGAAAGAUUAUGAAGUCUGCAAAGAAGGCGACGUUCUAACUCCUGAACAGGCUCGGAUCCUGAAACUCUUUGCCAUUGAGAUGGCAGAAUUCAAAGUGCUGAUCAAAUGUGUGUGGGACUCUGAAACGGGCCAGUUUGAGAACGUGACCGGUGAGGAAGAGCCUGCACCGGAUAACGAAGAUGACGAGGAAGAUGUUGAAUAAAUCGUCAGCUUUUAACAGUUGGGACUUUUAUUUUGAAACCUGCAACUUUUUAUAAUCUAAUACAAACUUGUCCAUUUAGAAAUUUGUAGUCGGAUUGGAGUUAUUCAGAAACGCAUCUUGUUCUGUGUCCUGCGUUUUGUCAGUUUAAUGAUACAAACUUCGUGUUCAACACCACCAUUUACAUCCAAACUACACUCUCAAAUGUUAUAAAAACAUUAUGAUGAAACA